UCUAAUACCGGAGUCCGAUUAAAGGAGGCUCAGGAGAGAGAGAGAGAGGGUGGGUUACGGAGGGGAAAAAGUAGCUAAACCUUCCUUAGCAUGACUGUGUUGUCUCCACGCACUAAUAGUUGCUAUGUUAGCCGUCCCUCCGCGGUGUUUUAGGGGCUGUUGUCAUAGCACCUGGGCCUCCCGAACAACUGUAAAUAGCUCAAUAUUGCAGCCCGUCCGCCUUACUUUUGUUAGCCGCGAUCGGGCUAUAGCUAGCUGCGUGGGUCAGUGUGUCUCUGUGUGUGUCUCUCCCUGUUUUUCUGUGUUUGUUGUGUCUUCUGGUAAGAAAUUAAUUACAAUCCUCCUUUUCUCGCUCGGAGACUUGUCUCUGAACAGCCUGUCAGCGGUAGCAGGAGUUGGACUUUUAUGCUAAUUUUCUCCUCGGACCGUCGUGGGCAGGCAGCUUGAAAAUUGAGUCUUAAAUUAAAACAAACUCCAGCAGACUUUCUCCUAAAUUUGAUACCACUUUAGAGGUGAUAAAAACGCGUCAAAGUGAGGUGAAAUUGAUUUUUUUUAAAGCGACUUUCAAACUGUGUAAUUAAAAGAACUCCGGUGGUGAAGUUAAUUAGAAGUUUAAGUUGGAUAAUGUGAUGUUUCCCGCACUUUAUUUCUGUUUUAUUGAAAGAGUGAAAUGUUUCAUUACAGGAGAUUACACGGCAAAUAUUUCUAAUUAACUCACAAAAUGUUGAAAUGGGUGAUUGUGAAACAAAGAAAAAAUAAUAUUAAUGUAAUUUAUCUCCACAUUUGUGUGCAGCUGUGAUCACAUUUUAUUGUGGAAACUCAGUGGGCGGUGUUGCUAUUAUUUUAUUAAAAAAAACUUUAUUAACAGCCAAAAUAAAAUAGAAAAUAAAAGUUGCAGAGUUGUAAACGUUACAGAAAGUUUGCACAAAACGAAAGCGAAAUACAACCGUUGUUAUAAGUGUAAUAAGUUUCUCCCCGGCUUUAUUAAACACCCUGCACACCUUUUGUUUUGCCCUUCGCCCUCACUGGACUCCUUCGGCUCAUUUUUGUCACCCUGUGAGUCGUCCGAAGGGUCCGGGCAGUGGUGGUGGUGGUGGGGAGGGGGUGGUGGUUGCUGGAUACAUGGAUAUAUGGAUGGAUGGAUGAAUGAGCGGAUGAAUGAGUGAAUACAAGACGAGGCAGCGGCGCUGAACCGUAAAAGAGUGGAAAACAAUAUCAGCUGCGUGCGUCUGUCAGUUGCAAAUGUGCCGUGUUGGCUUUUGUUUAUGGUAACUGGAAGGAGAAAAAGACAGACGGAGAAGGACAGAGAAGUGCAUUUCAGAUGAUUUUAGACGCCAGAGAGAGCGAGCGAGCAAGAGAAAGAGCAAGAAAGAAGGAGAGAGAGGGAGAGAGGGAGAGGGCGAUACACAGCCAUUCCCAGCCAGAGAGCCCGGCUAUUCUGCUACAGUGGAGUUAAUCAAGUUGAUGCAUACUGCUGCAGGUUAUGAGGACGGCAGGAUGGAGUUCCCAGACCACAGCAGACAUUUACUCCAGUGUCUGAGCGAACAGCGGCAUCAGGGCUUCCUGUGUGACUCCACGGUGCUGGUGGGUGAUGCCCAGUUCCGUGCCCAUCGUGCUGUGUUGGCCUCCUGCAGCAUGUACUUUCACCUUUUCUACAAGGACCAGCUGGACAAGAGAGACGUGGUGCACCUCAACAGUGACAUUGUCACAGCCCCGGCCUUUUCCCUGCUCCUGGAGUUCAUGUACGAGGGCAAGCUGCAGUUCCAGGACCUUCCCGUGGAGGAUGUGCUGGCAGCAGCCAGUUACUUGCACAUGUAUGACAUUGUCAAGGUGUGUAAGAAACGUUUGAAGCAGAAGGCCACAGCGGAGGCAGACAGCACGCGCAGAGAGGAUGACGGUGGGUCCAGCUGCUCUGAUAAAGCCGAUAGUCUAUCAGACGGUUCCACAGACCGGCCUGCUACUGCCGACCUGCUGCACAGCGAUGAAGAGGAGGAGGGAAAGGCAGAGGGAGGGCCGCUGUGGCUGAGGCUGCCGUCUGCAGACAGGCCAGGGACACCAGCUAUGGCUACAACCAGUCCAGGGCAGGGUGAGGCGGAGACGCAAGCAGGGGAAGGCCUGGGAGAGGGAGGAAAGCUCCUUUCUCCGGCCGGCAGCCCCACCAGCUCCACUGGAUCUCUCUCCCAGAGGUCCCACCGCUCUGUGAGCUCUCGUGGGGGCCACAGGGGUAGGAGGGUGUCAAAUGAUGCAGCUGACUGUGUCCUGGACCUGUCAGUCAAGCCAAUUGCAGGUAGCAACCACACUAACCACCACCAAUCCUUUUUCAGCGGAGCAGCUACGCCAGACAGCCUCCAAAGCCCAUUGGCUGUUAGGGUAAAGGUGGAAAGGGGCGUGGCUUCAGAUGAGGAAGAGGAACUGGGAGGUGGGGACUAUGACAUGGAGCAUAGCGGCCUCACCAAGGCCACGGUUCCUAACACCAACGGGGGCCUGGCCCACCACGGGGUCGGAGGGCCCUUGUCAGCCCAGCGGCGGCUCGGCCUGGAAGCACACCUGUCCGCUCUGCGAGAAGCCUCCCUGGCCUCAGAGCUGGAGCGGGAGGAGAAGCCUCCAGCCACAGCAGACGAUGAGGACAUCCUGGGGGGCGAAAACGAGCGCGCUCAGGCUGAGGCGGCCAGCAUGGAUAACUCGCUGCUGCCUUACGUCUCCAACAUGCUGUCGGCUCAACACACACAGAUCUUCAUGUGCCCGCUGUGUAACAAGGUUUUCCCCUCACCCCACAUCCUCCAGCUUCACCUCAGCUCCCACUUCAGGGAGCAGGAGGGCAUCCGCGCCAAGCCCGCCGGAGACGUCAACGUGCCCACCUGCAACAUCUGCAGCAAGACCUUCUCCUGCAUGUACACGCUGAAGCGCCACGAGCGGACACACUCCGGUGAAAAACCCUACACCUGCACCACCUGCGGCAAGAGCUUCCAGUACUCACACAACCUCAGCCGCCACGCAGUGGUGCACACGCGUGAGAAGCCGCACGCUUGCAAGUGGUGCGAGCGGCGCUUCACGCAAUCCGGGGACCUCUACCGACACAUCCGCAAGUUCCAUUGCGAACUGGUCAACUCGCUGUCAGUGAAGAGCGAACCUCUGGCGCUCCCAAAUGUCAGGGAUUGGGCGAUCGAGGACAGCUCCCAGGAACUGUGGAAGUAGAAACAGACUACUAGGUUUGGUAAAGGGAAAGAGACGGAGAGUGAAAGAAAGGCAGAGAGGUGUGGGGAGGUUAGAGGGAGGCGGCAGAGUUUGAUAUUCGGGAUUUAAGUGAGUCACGUUCUUGUUUGUUGCAACAUCUCAUUCAAUAGCACUUUAAUAGCACAUGAAAAUGUUACUACUGAGUUGUUUUUCUUUUUUUUUGUUCCUAUUUGGGGUAAUUUUUGUUUAUUCUAUUUUAUUCUGAAUCCUUAUUUUUAUUUCGCGCAAGUUCUCUCCUGUUGGUGGUUUUAAUUGCGUCUCUGGACACGGGUCCCAGUGAGAAAGUCUCGCCUUUUUGAAGAGUUUUCACUCUGUUUGUGUUUCAUCCCAGACACAACACUCCGAUGCUGGCCAGCGUAUCGGUCCCAGUUCCACAGACAGCAAAACACCACUGCAGGAGUUCAGGUCGAACACACUGAAGUGAAAAAGCAUUACAAUACACUAAACGGGUACUGUGAUCACCACAAGUCGACGCCACCACACACACAGUUUGAAUUAGCGUGCACACACGCGAGUGUGUGUGUGUGUGGUACUGCACUACUCUGGCAAAAAUUUCACCUAAUGUGCGUGAGUGUGUAUGAGUGUGUUUUGUGUGUAUUGAUUUUAUUUUCUACUGGCACGGAGGUGUCGUUGGCGAAGCGCUCCCCGCUUCUCUUGUUAAGCUCUUUGGUGUUGUGUGUUCAGGGGAAAGCUGACUGACUGACAGAUAAACUGAUGGCACUCAUGCAAUGCACAGCCUCCUUUUUUCACUUCCAGUCAAUUUGAAGUAUUUUCUAAAAAUGAAAAGACCUUUACAAAUAAUUAUUAAUUAUUAUUGUUAUUGAUAGAAUUUUUUCUUAAAUCUAGCUGGCAGUCUUUAAAACAUCUCUUGUUGAAAAGGUAUUUAAUUUAAGGUUGUUGUAUAUUGUUCUGAUAUAGUUUAAAAACUUUAAUUCUUUGCAUUUUUUUUAAAAUUAAUGAUUAUUAUUAUUAUUAUUUUGUUACUUUUUUUUGUAAUGGGACCUGCUGUUGUUGCAUGAUGUCCAAACCUGUAUAUUUUAAAAUAAAAAUGUGAAUUUGCUGUAUUACUGUACACAUUGUAAUUGAUCAAAUAUUUGACAACAGGCUUUCCUUUUUUGUUUUUUUUUCCUUUUCUUUGUGAAUACUACUCCAGGGUGCGGUCUGUUGAAAAACUGAAUAUUAUUCUCACGACUAUGGAAAAAAAAAAUGCAUGAAAUUUUGAUUUUGUCUUAAACCUUUAAGUUGUGGUUUUUGCAUCGGGGAGGGGGAAUGUUUGAACCGUACACUUUUGACAGUGAAAAGUCGGAUAUUUUGUACUCGCUGGGCUCCUAGAAGAACGUUACCGAAUGUGUUUCCGUCGGAUGUUGAAGCGAUACGAUGAAGCAUUUUAAGCCUGUGUCUAUAUGCACUGAUCUCUCUGCUGCACGCGUGUGUGUGUGUUAAUGCGUGAAUGCGUGCGUGCGCGUGUGUGUUUAUGAGCGUGUGACUCGGUUAGCACCAGUCAAUUUAACCUACUGAAGAUCUACGUCCACCCAGCACUUCCUCCUCUUGCUCCUCCUCAGGCGUUAAAUGUCUCCACUGCUAUACCUUUUUGAUUUCUCUCGUGUCCGUCCUCACCAGUUCUAAACGCGGUCGAGCCAUUUCUUAAUUAUUUCCGCAGAUUUGGGCUCUCAUUUCAGGUCUGUUGAGUGCAGUUUUUAAAAACAUUUUUUAUUAAAUUGUGGCUUGGCUGAAGUGUGAAGGAUACGGAGGGAGGGAGUAAAGAAGGAGCGAGGUUGAACCUGAGCUGUCCUGCUGAAAGUUGAAGGGUCAGAUAUCUCUGCCACACUGUUGCUUCACGCUGAGCCGAGCUGUGCUGAGCUGAGCGGGGCCGUUAAACUUACCCAGCUCAGUGCAGUGUGCAUUUCACAUUAGGUGCAGCGGAUGUCACGUCUGUGUGUGCGUGCGUGUCUGUUUGUGUGUUUCCUUUUAAAGCAUAAUCCUUACUUGGAGAUAGAUGGGAGAGAAUUGGCAUGCCUGAAUGCACCUUUUUAAGCUUAAAGACAUGAAAUCAGAUUUUUUUGCUGAAAAGAUGCCUUUAUUUAAAAAAAGAAAAAGAAAAUUACAUUUCUGAUGCUGUGAUGUAUUUGAUACUGUAAAGCAUUGAGAAAUGGAUGUUGAAAAUUUUGUGUAAAUUCUUGGAAUUUAUUGAAUUUAUCUAUUUUGAUCAUGUGAUUAGAAAACUCUUGUAUGUAAAUGUUGCGUUUGGGUCAGGGCUACAUCAGUUUCUUCUUCUGUUUUUCUUCUUUUUAUUGAAAUUUCAAAAUAAUUGGUCAAGCGUUUAUACAAUCCAAAAACAUUUUUCAGAAAGAUACUGACACUCCACAUUACCCCCCCUCUCUCACUCACUCAAAUAUGUAUAUGUGUGUGUGUGUGUUAGUGUGUGUGUCCCCGCAGAUGUGCAUGUGGUGGGUGGGGUAUAUGUACAUGCCGCCCUGUCAUCUGGUGGCACCUACAGGCUCUGCCAAUGCAACAGUGUGGGUGACAUUGCGGCAGUUUGCACCACAUCGUCUCAUUUUUGUCUCGAAAUGUUAUUUCUUCACUGGCAGCGUCUCUGCAUAUGGGCUCCCUCCAUCCUGCUGUUGUUUUCAUCAUUACUGCUGGUUUUUUUUCCCAUUUUUUUUUUCCCUCCCCGUUCUGUUCCUCUGGUUUUACUUGACCGCCUUAAACUGCUGUAGUCCGGGCUGUUAUUUUAUUUUUAAAAGUGUGAGUGUGUGGGGUGGAGUGGCGGGAGUGAUGUUAACCACUCAAGACGCUGUGAAGUAAACCACCCCGACUGGACAUCUCCAUCUUUUUGCUGUGCUUACUUGAAAACAAAAGGGGGUAGAUUGUUUUUUUUGUUUUUUUUUUUUUUAAGUAAGGUAUAAAAAUAAAUAAAAUAAAAAAAAAAAAAUCAAAUGUCAUAGACAGUUUAUGGUAAAGAAGAUGAAGGGUUUGAGGGUGGGGAGAGGGCAUGAAAUGACUGAGUCUGUUUUGAAAAAGGACAAUCACUGUCUGGGGGGAAAAAACAAGCAGAUUCCAAUUGAGAUAUAUUUGCUCCCUGUUGAGAUUACAAUUUUUUUUUUUUCCUUUGCUUUUCUUUUAUGUUCCUUUUUUCGGAUUUAGUCAUUUUAGCUUUGACAAUCAUAGUUGGGUUGAUUUUUUUUUCUCUCAAGGGGAGUAAAUUCUAAUUGUGUUUAGUUUUGUAAUUUUUUGGUGUGCUGUUGUUGACAUUUUUAAAUUGUGUGCAAACUGCAAUAAAUUAUAAGAAUCUUGAA